UAACAGCCGCCGCCGCCGCCGCCAGCAGCCCGGGCCGGGAGCGAGAGCCGAGGGGCGGAGAGCCGGUCCCGCCGCCGGACGGCUCGGCGCGACCAGGUGAACGGACAUGGCGGGCUGGAUCCAGGCCCAGCAGCUGCAGGGAGAUGCGCUGCGCCAGAUGCAGGUGCUGUACGGGCAGCACUUCCCCAUCGAGGUCCGGCAUUACUUAGCGCAGUGGAUCGAGAGCCAGCCCUGGGAUGCCAUCGACCUGGACAAUCCCCAGGACCAAGCUCAGGCCACCCAGCUCCUGGAGGGCCUGGUGCAGGAGCUGCAGAAGAAGGCGGAGCACCAAGUGGGGGAAGAUGGGUUUUUACUGAAGAUCAAGCUGGGGCACUAUGCCACGCAGCUGCAGAACACGUAUGAUCGCUGCCCCAUGGACCUGGUCCGCUGCAUCCGGCAUAUUCUAUACAAUGAACAGAGGCUGGUCCAAGAAGCCAACAAUGGUACUUCUCCUGCUGGGAUCCUGGUUGAUGCCAUGUCCCAGAAACACCUUCAGAUCAACCAGACAUUUGAGGAGCUGCGACUGGUCACGCAAGACACAGAGAAUGAACUGAAGAAGCUGCAACAGACUCAGGAGUACUUCAUCAUCCAAUAUCAAGAGAGCCUGAGGAUCCAGGCUCAGUUUGCGCAGCUGGCCCAGCUGAAUCCCCAGGAGCGUCUGAGCCGGGAGACGGCCCUCCAGCAGAAGCAGGUGUCCCUGGAGGCCUGGCUGCAGCGCGAGGCCCAGACGCUGCAGCAGUACCGAGUGGAGCUGGCCGAGAAGCACCAGAAGACCCUGCAGCUGCUGCGGAAGCAGCAGACCAUCAUUCUUGAUGACGAACUGAUCCAGUGGAAGCGGCGGCAGCAGCUGGCCGGGAAUGGAGGCCCCCCCGAGGGCAGCCUGGACGUGCUACAGUCCUGGUGCGAGAAGUUGGCCGAGAUCAUCUGGCAGAACCGGCAGCAGAUCCGCAGAGCUGAACACCUCUGCCAGCAGCUGCCCAUCCCCGGCCCGGUGGAGGAGAUGCUGGCCGAGGUCAAUGCCACCAUCACAGACAUCAUCUCAGCCCUGGUGACCAGCACAUUCAUCAUCGAGAAGCAGCCCCCUCAGGUCCUGAAGACCCAGACCAAGUUUGCAGCCACCGUGCGCCUGCUGGUGGGCGGGAAGCUGAACGUGCACAUGAACCCCCCCCAAGUGAAGGCCACCAUCAUCAGUGAGCAGCAGGCCAAGUCGCUGCUGAAGAACGAGAACACCCGCAACGAGUGCAGUGGAGAGAUCUUGAACAACUGCUGUGUGAUGGAGUAUCACCAGGCCACUGGCACCCUCAGCGCCCACUUCAGGAACAUGUCGCUAAAGAGGAUCAAACGCGCUGACCGGCGGGGCGCAGAGUCUGUGACAGAGGAGAAGUUCACGGUCCUGUUUGAGUCUCAGUUCAGUGUGGGCAGCAAUGAGCUUGUGUUCCAGGUGAAGACCCUGUCCCUUCCUGUGGUUGUCAUCGUUCAUGGUAGCCAGGACCACAAUGCUACUGCCACCGUGCUGUGGGACAAUGCCUUUGCUGAGCCGGGCAGGGUGCCAUUUGCCGUGCCUGACAAAGUGCUGUGGCCGCAGCUGUGUGAAGCCCUAAACAUGAAAUUCAAGGCCGAAGUGCAGAGCAACCGAGGCCUGACCAAGGAGAACCUUGUGUUCCUGGCGCAGAAAUUGUUCAACAGCAGCAGCAGCCACCUCGAGGACUACAACAGCAUGUCCGUGUCCUGGUCCCAGUUCAACAGGGAGAACCUGCCGGGCUGGAACUACACCUUCUGGCAGUGGUUUGACGGGGUCAUGGAGGUGCUGAAGAAGCAUCACAAGCCCCAUUGGAAUGACGGGGCCAUCCUAGGUUUUGUGAAUAAGCAACAGGCGCAUGACCUGCUCAUCAACAAGCCAGACGGGACCUUCUUGUUGCGCUUCAGCGACUCAGAAAUCGGGGGCAUCACCAUCGCCUGGAAGUUUGACUCUCCUGACCGCAACCUGUGGAACCUGAAGCCGUUCACCACACGGGAUUUCUCCAUCCGGUCCCUGGCCGACCGGCUGGGGGACCUGAACUAUCUCAUCUACGUGUUUCCUGACCGGCCCAAGAAUGAGGUCUUCUCCAAGUACUACACUCCUGUGCUCGUUCCCCCCUCGGCAGCUAAAGCAGUGGACGGAUAUGUGAAGCCACAAAUCAAGCAAGUGGUCCCCGAGUUUGUGAGCGCAUCUGCAGACUCUGCUGGGGGCAGCGCCACCUACGUGGACCAGGCCCCCUCCCCAGCCGUGUGUCCCCAGGCUCAUUAUAACAUAUACCCACAGAAUCCUGACACCGUUCUCGACCAGGAUGGAGAGUUCGAUCUGGAUGAGACCAUGGAUGUAGCCCGGCACGUGGAGGAACUCUUACGCCGCCCGAUGGACAGUCUGGACCCCCGCCUCUCCCCGCCUGCUGGUCUUUUCACCUCUGCCAGAGGCUCGCUCUCGUGAACGCUUGAAUCCCACACUUUUCUUCGGAAACAGUACUGAGUGUGAAGGGUUCAUAUUGUGAUUUUAGUAUUGCUCUGCAUCUUGAUGCCUUUGCAGGCAGCACGUGUAUGCGUGCAUAUGUGUGUGUGUUUGUGCACAAGGUGUGCCUGCCUCGCCUCUGCUGUCUUGCGUAUGUGGUUGCAGCAGCAGCAGUGCCUUUGUCUUCAGAUCAAGGCCUUCCAAGAGCCCACUGGGUCUGUCUCUGUUGAGGAGGAGAUGAGCUUCUAUUGUCGCAGGUACUCAAUGCAGGCAAACCUACUCCUGCCAGGGCCUUUAUCUGCUCAGCAGCUAUUUGAAUGAAAUUAUUCAAGGAGGGGAAUGGAGACAGGUAACGUCUCUAAGCUGGAGUUUUACUCCUGAGUUAGAAGCUUCGCCUCCCAGAUGUGUGUGUGCAUUUAUGCAUGUGCAUCUGAUCUUGUACACGUGUGUUGGUCUAUCAAUUCUUUCCCUCAGGAGGAGGGUUGGGGUUCAGUUUUGAGUAAUAUUUUAUACUUUAAUGCAUAUGGACUCCAGACUUCUUGUAAAGUGAGAGCUUAUCUAAACCCUGGCCAUCCCCUAACACAGCAGAAAUGGGUCAUUGAGUCAGGCCUGUCAGAGCUGCUCUGUGUGGCCUCUUGGCCUCCAGCCAGGGGGCUUGGGCUUCAAGUCAAUGAUGCUGUUGCCCACGUCCCUGCUAUCUCUUUCCACUCGAUAUCCCCUCCCCUCCAUCAGGCCCCAGCCUUCUUCCCUGCCUCUCUGUAUGCGAGCUUGCUUAUGGGAGAGGUGGCAGAGAGGAAGGGACUGGUCUAGGACAUGGGGGCCCAGGACUUGCAGAAUUGAUCCCCUCCCCUCCUGGAAAAAACUGCAAGAGAUCGCAGCCAGUCAGCGGCUUGCUGCAUGCCUGUGGAAUCUGGAGUGGGGGUAAAAGCUGCUCUCGGUCCACUCUGCUGGGAGGCGGAACCUGGAACAGGCCUCCACACAGUUGCAUAACUGGCUGUGGUCUGAGAAGGCCUUGCUCCCAACCUCAUGUGUCCUUCCUUUGAGGUUUACGACAUGCAGCCGGGGCAGCUGGUGGUGGAAGAUCGGGAGUCCCAGGUUUAAACAUCUCUGAAGGAAGGUGGGGAUGAGAAGAGGGAUUCUUUUAUACUUUGUACAUAGGCCACCCAUUUGUGUAAAACCGUGUUUUUGAAUAAAAUAUUUUUUUCAUAAA